CCUAGCGGAACUGACGUUAAUGGCGCAAAAGUUUGAAAAGCGAAGGUGGUAAGGGCGAUUAGUAGAGAAAAUCAACAACAAUGCCGUCACAAAAACAAAUGAGUAUGAAGGAAAUCUUCAACCAAUGCCAGAACAGUAUGCAGGGACAUGGGCAGCUGAUUAAAUCUCUCCAGAAAGUGUACAAACAGACCGAGUUUACAGCUUUCUGGUCUGAAUUUAACAUGCUGAUGCGAUAUUCGAUGAUGGUUUUUACCCGUGAACCUGCUGUUGAGAGAACUAUUGACUUCAUCACCAAAUUCAUCACUUCCAUCGAACCAGAGGAAACUGCACAUGCCAGUGUCAACUCCACACUAGACAAUAUCUGUGAAAACAACCUUCUGAUGGAAGUCUUCACAUUUCUUCUUCAGGUACACUCUGCUAAAGACAAAGCGGUGAGGUUCCGGUGUUGUCAAAUGAUCAACAAGCUGCUGAGUAACCUCGGAGAGAAUGCCCAGAUAGACGAUGACUUGUACGACAAGAUCUACGCGAGCAUGCUGGAGAGGCUUCGUGACAAGAUGCCAGUUGUUCGUUUUCAUGCUGUUAUGGCGUUGGCACGACUCCAGGAUCCACACGACGACAACUGUCCUGUAAUUAAAGCGUAUCUUUUCCUGAUCAAAGCUGACACUAGUCCUGAUGUCAGACGUGCUGUCUUAUCCUGUAUCGCUCCGUCCACAAAAACAUUACCCGCCAUCCUGAGUCGUACCAGGGACGUCAACGAUACAGUCAGGAAGAUGGCGUACAUGGUGAUGGGGGAGAAAGUCCACAUUAAAGCUCUGUCUAUUGCUCACCGUAUCCAACUCCUCCAGGAUGGUCUGACUGACACAGCAGAUUCUGUUAAGGAUGCUUGUGCUGCAAAGCUGCUUCAGGCCUGGCUGAGGAUGCUGGAGGGCAAUGCUCUGGAUUUACUGUCCAGUCUGGAUGUGGAGACGUCUUCAGAGACCUGUGAGCUAGUCAUGUAUGCUCUGUUCAAACCCUCACCACUGCCUGAAUUAGUCGUCAAGUUUGACAUACUGGAUGAUAAUAUCCUGAUCCCGCUGGAGAAGCUGACCUGUGAGAGUGCUAUGUACUGGCAGACCCUGUGUAAAUACAUACACAGUAAGGGUACCGAGGGGGAGAUAGAACUGGACAAAGUUCUACCAAACUGUCUAAAGCUGUGUGAUUACAUCAGAAGAUUUGUGGACAGUCUGACGUCGAUAGAGGACCUGGAAGAUCAAGUUGAGAAAGAGUUUAUCCUCAAGCAGUUGCUGUUACUGGUAGAAUUCAUGGAACUAGUAGACAAUGCCUCCAGAAAAGGUGUAGAGAAGUUGUUCCACGACAUGUUGAUGGCUGACCACAUUGGUCACCACCUGGUCAAGUAUGUGGUUCCACAGCUGUGCAAGCUUCGCAGCAGUUCUGACGAGGCCAUCACCUACUUUGCGGAGACCAUCUCCGAAAUCCGAGAACCCAUUACGAUGGUGGAGAAAGGCUUGGAUGAGGAUUUGAGAAGACAAAAUGAUAUCAAGAUCGCAGGUCUGAGGGUGAAACUGAACCAAGCCAAGGAGGAGCUCGAGGACCAUGUUCGUAACCAAGACUUCAGUAAGGCAGCAGAUCUGAAGGCACUCAUCUCAGAACUGGAUACAGAAAAAUCCUUCCUACUGAGUGCAGCAGAAUCUAAACAGGAGGAGGUUAGGACUGAAAAGACUGAUGUGGCAACCAUCCUGAAGUGUCAGACCAUUGUAGCCGAGAUGUUAGAGGAGUUGACACUCAAGUCGAUUAACCCAUCCUUACAGAUGUUGAUUGAGUCGUUGUUGUUGCCUGGGAUUCAGAGUGAGGACAGCCGUCUACGUACAGUGGCCCAGCGUGCCCUUGGACUUUGUUGUCUGAUUAACCAGGACCUGGUCCUCCAACAUCUGCCACUCUUCAUGCAGGCCUCAAAGAUUGACGAGGAGGAAGUAAGAGCUACAGCGCUGUCAGUCAUGUUUGAUAUUUUACACCUGCACGGUAUGGACGUGAUCCAAAAGUCCAAAACGGACAUGGACAACUCCAGUGAGUCCAUGGACACCAGUUCGGAGGCUCCACCUUCUCCAGGAACAUCAGAGGAACAGAAUCAGGACGAAGACAAGCAGAACCAUGCCUCUAACCUAGUGGCGUUCCUCAGCGGGUUUCUCGACAGUGAGAGCUCAAAGCUACGUAGUGUAGCUGCCGAGGGCCAGGCUAAGCUGAUGCUGUCUGGUAGAGUGGUUUCCCCUAAGAUCCUGUCCCAUUUGGUCCUGUUAUGGUACAACCCCCUGACCGAGGAUGACACACACCUUCGACAUUGUCUUGGCACAUUCUUCCCUGUCUACGCCUUCGCCUGCAGAGGUAAUCAAGAGAAGGUGGAGGAAGCGUUCAUGCCGACCCUGAAGAUCCUAUUAAAUGCUCCAUUGUCCAGUCCUUUGGCCGAAGUGUCUGUUGAGAACGUAGCAGAACUCUUCAUACAGCUCACCAGCACCAAACUCCUCCUUCACAACCAGAACCAAACUGUGGAGGAGAACCCUAGCCAUGCCAAUAUUGCCCUGGCUAUCUGUAACGAGAUCCUGAGUAAUCCAGACUCCUUCAGUCUCAAGCUCUGGGUAAAGAUUCUGAACCAGCUGGAGCUAGGCAAGGACGACCUAAUCUCCAACAAGGAGACGUUUGUUCUUAUACAGAGAAUCACGGAGGUGAUCAAAGACAAACAGUGCCUCAGGUCAGUGGAGAGGUUCCAGGAAUAUCUCCGCAAAUUGUUACCCAAUGAAUUCCUGGAGGAGAUAGAAAACCAAGCUAACAAAACUAUGGAAACAGAAGAAGCAGGGGAGAUAACCAACGUUAUAGCUGAUAUAACCGCUGCCUCUACUAACCAAACUGUACUUAAUGAGACGCUCCUCAGCGUGGCUGACACCAGCUCCUUCUUCCAGGAACCCAAGCCUAUUCGUCGUACCACAGCCCGUUCCGACGUUUCUCUGUCCAAGACACCGACUGGUCCUCCCAGUAAAAAGAAACCAGCUAAGUCUACAGGCAGGAAGACAAAAGCUCAACAGGCCGUCAUUGCUGCCGCAGACGACAGCGAUUUAGAGAACCAUGUGUUUGCCUCCCCUACACCAACUCGUGCCAGUGUUCGGACAGCUACAAAAGUUGCCGAUAAUGGAGAGAGCAAGAAGACCUCAACACCCACUCCUGUCCGUUCAAGUGCUCGGAAUGCAAAAGCCAAGGCCACAGGCAAAGAGUCCACACGCAGAAACCUCAGUGAAGUGAUAACCGCCAGCGCUAGCACAGAGAACAAUGGCCCUGGUACUCGUACAAGAUGUAGAAGCCAAAGAACACUUCGCAGUGUGCAGUCUCGUGACCAGGACGGAAAAUAGGAAGUGCUCUCUGUUCUAAUGGACUUAGAAACGAUACCCACACUGACUUAAUGCCGCAUCUGAAAAGAAGUAAAGAGGAAGUUUUCACCACCGGACUUUGGAAUGGGACACACACACUGACCUACAGUCAGAGGGAAGAAUAUCCACACUGACCUAAAGUCAGCAUCUGAUUGAAGAAAUAAAUAGAAAGUUUGUUUCUCAAGCUAUUAGACUUAGAAGCUAUACCCACACCGACCCAAAACCAGCGUACGAUUGAAGCAAUGAAAAAACUUUAUAAAUCAACUGUCAUGAUAGCUUUUAUAGUUUUAGAAUAAUAGAACAUUGCGGUAAUGCUUGGUGUUAUUCAUAAAAGUUUCUACCAGAACCAAGGACUACAAAGUAACACAAUAAACAUUGGACUCGAAACAGAAUAUUAAUUAAAACGCAUAAUGAAAUUGAAUGACUUGGUGCAAUAGUCCAAAUCUGAGUAUGUCAUACACCUUGUUUUGUAUAGUUACUGUAUUAAUAUAUAAUCCUAUUAUAAUUAUAUAUGCAUAUAUAAAACUGACCUGUUAUUUUUCUACUCUGACUAUUAUUAAUAAAAUUUUACUUUACUCCUAGUUGAA